AAAUAAAAAUUAUGUCAUGGCAACAUUAUACAUGUCGCCCGCCAUUGCGGAAAAAGCGGCGUGGUUUUGGUUGAAGAAAACUAUUCUAUCGAUUAAUUGUAAAUACAAUUAAUUAUAAUGGGUGUUGAAGUGGAGACGAUCAAUCCUGGAGAUGAGUCCACAUACCCGAAGGCUGGGCAGACCGUGGUGGUGCACUACACCGGCACGCUGACCAACGGUACCAAGUUCGAUUCCUCCCGCGACCGCAACAAGCCCUUCAAAUUCAAGAUCGGCAAGGGAGAGGUGAUCAAGGGAUGGGACGAGGGCGUCGCUAAGAUGUCAGUUGGUGAGCGUGCCAAGCUCAUCUGCUCCCCCGACUAUGCUUACGGCAAGCAGGGCCACCCCGGCCUCAUCCCCCCCAAUGCUAUCCUCAUCUUUGAUGUGGAGCUCCUUCGCUUGGAGUAAUGGCACAAAAUGAUAACCACCUAUAUUUCCUAGUUAGACAUUUACCCCUUCAAGUUUCUAUAAUUAUUGUUAUAAUGCUAGAUACUUUUGAUGGUAUGUCAUUUACUAAAGUAGUGCAGUGCCACAUACUUAAAACCGAAAUGCCAUGUUUUUUGUGGACAUACAAAUUGCAUUGUAUUUCUAAGAUUUAGAUGUAAUGUGAAUUCAUUAUCUCUGAUAGCAAUUUUAUCCUAAAGAAUUAUUUGCAAUAACUAGAAAUGGAUAGUUAAGUUUAUGUCUGACUUCAGAACCCCAGUAUAUAAUGUGGUACAUUUGUACUACUUCACUGCCUUUUUCUGGCUACAUUCCAACUGUCGCAUUUAGCCUCAAUUUUACCAAAAAACCUUAUUGGUGUAUCUACAAAUAUUUUAAAUGUACCAUAUUAUUCUGAUUAUGUACAUGUAUUAUGUAUUUAUGCACAAUAUUGUAAUUAAAUAGGUGGACAGGUAAAGGUGGUUGAUAAAUAAAUUUGAAUAUUUAAUCUUUGAACUAAAAAUAAUUGUUCUUGGGAGUCAGCAAAGUAGUAAUAAUUUGUCACUUAAAGCUUUAUUUGUAUUCUAAGAAAUAAAAGGUAUUGCAAAAUUA